UUUAAACAGAAAUGAUUGGACAUUAAUUCAUAACAUUAGUGCAUUAAUCACGCAGAGUCCUAACCCUGCUCGAACAGUCUUGGAGACUCGUACUUUUUUUUAGGAUUUAGGGCUUUUAUUUGCUUUGAAGCGUUUCCGUUUGGGGGUGCAGGUAUCUCGGGACACACAGCACGUAUGAGACGGUGCUUUGAUUGAAAACAUGAGCCAGAACCUGAGAGAGAAGUUUCCUCCAUCAGAACUCCACAACAGCAAGUAAUACAGACCUCGGUGCAGUCGGGCUGGUUCGGUCACGAUCGACGCUACGUGCUGCCAUGGAGACGUGUUUGAAGUCCUGAUCAGACGUGUCCAGACCUUCUCAUCCAGCGUUCGGCGGCGCACAGCUGUUCCGGCGAGCGAUCGCGGCUCGGUUUGGGCUCUCGGAGAGAUGAUGGAGAAGGAGGCGGGAGACGGACCGGCGGCCGUCCUGAGCUACAACCCGGCCGGGCGGGUCAGGACGCCCAGCCCUACGUCCAUGGUGCCCAUCAACAUCAGGGCUCCUUUCGUGGUGCUAGCGGAGGUGCCUGACGAUCCCGCCAUGGGUGGGGAGGAGCGUGAUGUCACUCCUGACAUCACAGAGAACAUCCAAACAAAAGCCAGCAAACCCUUACUGCCCAAAAACGGGCUGCAGGGCGACGCCGGGCCUCAGAGGCUGGGCAAACGGCGGUACAGCAUGAACGUCGGGUUCAAACACCCCGGCGGGCUUAGCAAGCGCCGGCGCCGCGCCAACUCGGAGUGCGACCCCGUCCUGCCCAGCAACUUCCUGCUGGGCGGGAACAUCUUCGACCCGCUGAACCUCAACAGCCUGUUAGACGAGGAGGUGAACCGGGCGCUGAACGCAGAGACGCCCGAGUCGUCGCCGCUUCCCACCAAGAACAGAGAGCCGGUGGAGAUCCUGAUCCCCCGGGACAUCACCGACCCCCUCAACCUGAGCGGCAAGGGCGGGGACGCCAGCGGGGGCGUCCUGGUGUCGCCCAUAAAGAGACGCCGCCACAGAUACAAGCAGCACGGCGGCGCGAACGGCGUGGACUCGGAGAAAGGGAAGAGCGCGUCGGAAGAGGGUUCGGCGGACGCAGACAAGUCGCCGCAGCCGUACGAGCUCAACACGUCGCUAAACUGCCGCGAAGAGGUCGUUCAGCCCAUCCUGCCUCGACGACGCUCCGCCCCUCAGCCCGAGAGCGGCGCCGGCAGCUCCGCCCUGCCGCCGGCCAAGCACCGGAAGCGCCGCCGCACCGUCAGCCGCGCGGAUCGCCUGUCCAUCACGCCCACCGUUAAACAUCUGGACACGGCGCGGAGCCAGACCUUCCGGACGCCCCUCGUGGGCGCCGGUGCAGGGAGCCACCAUCCCAUAACCUCCCACCGUCCGAAAAAGUGCAAACCCAAACCGCGGCGCGACUUUCACUACGGGACGUACAGCCGUUACUACGGUUACCGCACGCCCACGCUGAACCUGGACCCGCGCCUGUCCGCGUUCCGCCACGAAUGGUUCCGCGGGAAGAGGGUCCUGGACGUGGGCUGCAACGUGGGUCACGUGACCCUCGCCAUCGCCAAGAACUGGAGCCCCGCCCACAUCCUGGGCCUGGAUAUCGACGCCGGGCUGGUGCACGCGGCACGCCAGAACCUCUGCCACUUCCUGUCGGAGCUGCAGAGACAGGAAGUCAGACGAGACGCCGAAGGCGAGCGCGGGGGUUCGGGACGGGCGCAGGCGUUUCCUGUGUCUCUCAGACUGUGCCGGGGCCCCGUGUUCGCUCUGCCCCUGCUGCCCCCCGACCCCGGGGCCUUCCCCAACAACGUGUCCUUCAUGAAGGGUAACUACGUCCCGGAGAGCGAGGACCUGGUGGCAUCACAGCGCGAGGAGUACGACGUCAUCCUGUGCCUGAGCGUCACCAAGUGGGUGCACCUGAACUGGGGCGACGUGGGCGUGCAGCGGCUCUUCAGGCGCGCCUACAGGCACCUCACGCCCGGGGGAGUCUUCAUCCUGGAGGCGCAGCCCUGGAGCUCCUACAGCAAAAGGAAGAGGCUCACGGAAACCACGCACAGGAACUACAACAGCAUUCGGCUCCGACCGGACAGGUUCAGCUCGUACCUCACGUCUGAGGUGGGAUUCAGCAGCUACGAACUCCUCAGCUCGGCCAGCGGCUCCUCGAAAGGGCUCCAGAGGCCGAUCUAUCUGUUCCACAAGGGCCCGACCGCCUCCAGCAGGAAGUGAGCCUCCGUUAGAGAGAGUGGGCGUGUCCACAUCCGCUCCACUCGUGGCGUACGCUCCGGCCGCCGCCCUGAAGCUCCGCCCCAGACGCUGGAGGAAGUCGCAUCGCGUGAGGAUCACCACGGCGACGGCGGAGCAUCAAAAACAAAAAGACUUUUAGCUUCCCGGCUGAACCGGCGCGGCUGUUCGUAGCGACGGUUUAUUUUAAUUGUAGAUAGCUAACGUUAGCAAACGCGCGUCGCGCCAGAGCUGGUGAGGAGAUUCUGGUUCUGACAGACACUGAAGAUUUUAGCCGAAAGAGGUCUGGCGCUGUAGGUCUGCUAGCAAUUUAGCCGCGACUUAGCGUUUUAGCCGCACCUGACGUGGCGAUCAGGGUUCCGUUCUGGGUUUUGCAGCUUCAGGGAACGAAAUUUAACGUUCUGGAAUUAGCACGAGGCAACAAAUCAGGUACGAGUCCAGCCCGUCCAGAAUAACGGGCGAGGAAUUUUAGUGAUAUUGUCAAUUGGGAAUUGGAUAUAUCCACAAAAAAAUAGUGAUGGGUGGCCAAUUGGUUACUUGUUUAAAUUUGUUGAAAUUAAUUUAUACCAAAAGUUUGAGGCUCAGUGGUUUAAGACGCUGGACAACCGCGUCCAAGUCCAGAGCCUUGGGUCUCGAGUCUUGGGUCUGAGUCUCGGUGACACCAAGAGUCCUAAAAUUUGAGCCAGAAGAUACUAAAUUACCACCUUGCUGCUGCAACAGCGACUCCUACUGUCUAGUAGAGGCACUAACACAAGUGGUGGAGGACUGCAGAGAGUGUAGCGUGCUCCUCCACACAUAUUCAGCUCUCUGUAAGACUCUCCUCCACCACCAGAGGCCGCCAGAGUGAACAGAAAAAACCCAAGGACCUAAGUGUGCUUAGCGGAACCGUUUGUCGUUGGUCCUGCUAACAUGAGUGAUGUGGCGGAAUUUUUGGGACGCCUCACUGCUUCAAAAUAAAAAACUGAAAGAAACUGGUGACGUUACAGGACCCUGCCGAUGCGUGAGAAGAGGAGGAGACGUUCCUGAUGUUCAAGUCAUCUCUGCCUCGUCAUGAAAGCUCUGAACUUCACCUAUAACACACACACACACACACACACACACUGAUGGACGAUGCUGAUCUUUUGAAUAAAACGCUGCAGCUUUAUUGUUCAGAUAUAAAA